AGUCAUAAUGGAAACGAACCGCUUGUGAUCUUUGUUCAGGUUAUGAUAAUCCUCAGGAUGGAUAGCAUUAUUAUCUAUUUGUACCAAGUGGUAAUAUAUUCACGAUAUGCCCAUUUAUUCCUCGAUAUCAUUCAAUACAUUGGAUAUUUCAACCUUAGAUUGUCUGCUCUUCAGAAACAAGUGCAAAGCACAUGCAUUCCGGAAAGGGAUAUCACGGUCAUAUCAGCAACAUUGGGCGAAGAGGAAGGUUACGCAGUAACCUUACAGUCAUGGCUUAAAUGCAAUCCCAGAGCCAUCAAUAUAGUCACGUUAGAGAAAGCACUGCCCCGAAUGAAAGACCUUCUAGAAGGGAUUAUAAAAGAUGACCGAGUCAGAUUACACGCAGUCGAGCGUGCUGAUAUUCGCCUUCAACUUCUCAAAGGGAUCUCAGAGACAUUUACAAAGUUUGUCGUGUUGGUCGAUGACGAUUCUCGAUGGUCUACAGAAACACUAAACAGGCUCGCUUUAGCUUUUCAAGAUCCCUGCGUUGGAGGAGUGAAUACCAUGCAAUACGUCCGAUCACGGCUGGGUCACCGCAAUAGCAAAGGAUUGACCGUCUGGGAGAGCUACGGCGCAUUGAAUCUCAUUCGAAGGAAUAUCUUACAUUCGGCAGUAGCCUAUUUCCAUAGUGGCCAAGUCCUAAAUUUAUCCGGAAGGACUGUUGCUUACAGGACCGAGAUUUUACAAGAUGAAGCAUUCAAACAUGAAUUCGUGAAUGAUUAUUGGAAAGGUAAAUAUCUGCUACGAACGGGAGACGACAGCUUUAUUACUUCGUGGAUUGUCAAUAGAGGAUGGAAUACAGCUUUUAUGAAUCAGCCAGAUGCGGUUAUUAUUACUACUGUCAACGACGAUAUUACGUACUUGAAUCAGGUAACGCGGUGGUCAAGGGAUACGGCAAGACAUUACCUGAGAGAUCUGGUAGCUGCACUCAGAACCCGGAACUAUUAUUUGUAUGUUAGGAGUGUGUUGAACUGGGUAUGUAACUAUACCACGGACUUUCUGGUCCUAUGGGAACUAGGCUUUCUCAUCGUGGUAUCCGGCCUUGAAUGGUGGAACAUUACAAAUACUACGCAGCUUGGAAUGACCAGCAUGGGGCAGCUAUGUGCUCAACAUUUUGUGAUUUCAAGUUCAUUUACCAUUUUUGAACAUGCGCCAUUCUUUAUGGAAUGGAGUCACCUAAAACAUAUGCCGGGUACAAUAGGAUACAUGUACAUUCAUGCUUUUAUUGUUGGCUAUGCGUGGUGCACAUUGCACAAGACUGUCUGGGGUUCUCGAAGUGGUGUUGAUGACCAUAAAUGGAGAGUGGAUUAGGCUGCAAAACUGACAUACAGAUACCUCCAGAG